GUGACUGGGAUCGAUCGUGAUCAUUCCAGUGAAGGCUACAGUGACGGUUUUGUAACCCUCUGUUAACUGCAGCUCAGUCCUGGUUCCAAUAAUGAGCCAGUUAAAGGGAUGAUAUGCGGGUGGGAGGACACCGUUAAUCCUCAGUAAGCAUGCUGCAUGUCAAACGGUCCUUCUCAGAGAUUUGCAGGCCAGUGUUGAGGUCACUCCUCUGUCUCCUCAGGGUGGAUCAGGCCACGACUUCUUUCGCUCUACCCUGGCCUGGUUAACUGUCUGUGGGGGAGGCAGAGGUCCCAGAGCCCCUUAAAUCUAACUGCUGUCCAAUAUUAACUGCAGCACAAACAGAACAGCCGUAAACAAAAGACAGAGUAAACACACUCCCAAGGCUUGGAGGACAAACAUGGACAGUCGCACACAUACAGAGCUCACGCACGUGCACACAUACACACACUAUAUUUAGGAAUAGUAAACUCAAUUUAAGUAAUAGGGUUUAUUUAAUUUGGAAAGAACCUGCGUCCAAAAACUUCACAAGCAGGAUUUAGUUCAUGAAAUACUCAAAAAAAAAAAAAACUUUGUACAACUGAUUUAAUGAUGGGAAUUCUUUUAUUCAACUCAUCAGAUCAAACUGAGAAAAUGUUUCCUUUGCCCAGCCCAGCUGUUGCACUCUGGGAUACAUCCAUUUAGGCCAAACCUCAACACACACACACACACACACACACACACACACACACACAAACAUACACGUAUCACCAUUAAUGUUGAGUGUCGCUCAUGCUGCCCAUGAGGGAUGACAUCUCUAUUCAUCCAUCCAUCCUCACUGUUUUCUGAUCUGUCAAAUCCCGGGCCAGGUCCAGCUGUUUGGACUACAGUCCCAUCCCUGCCCUUCCUGGGUGUCCCCUGCUUUCCCUAUUUUCUAUCCCCAGGGGACGGUUAAGACCUCCUCCAGCACAUCAUCUACCACAGAACAAGAGCCUCAGCUGCACUCUUGCUCUCUUCUUUUUUAAAAAUAGGCUGGGAUAUCAGCCUGGACAGCUAAGAGACCUGGACGCAUCCUGGGGAUUGAGGAAUGUCUCCGCACUUCCCAGAUCCUUCAUAUCUGUGUGAAUCCUCUGAGUAACUGUGUGUGUAUGUUUAUAUCUUUGCAUGUGUGUGUGAAGAUAGAUCCCAUAUUGCUAGCUAAAGAGAGGAUCUUCUGUCCAGAUGAGAGAGUGGACUGAGUUGGAGAUGAGCUUUUCAGCAGGGGGGUUUCUCUCCGCCUCGGAUGGUUACUGCUCCACAGAGCAGCAGCUUCAGUACUAUGACAUGCUGGCUGACCCUCUGGGCUACCCCCUACAGGAUCCAGACCUCCAGUUGCUCCCUUACACACAACAACAGUACAGCCAUGCCAACCUGCCAUUCUCUCUUUAUGGCUCUCCACCAUCCUCCACCUCCUCUCCCUCCUCGUCCUCUUCCUCCUCACAGCUCUGCCAUCCUCCAUACCACUACAGCCCUCAUUGCCUGGAGGCCCCCUGCGAUCCCACCCCAGUGUCCCAUUGCGGGGGCAUGGUUCAGGGGCUCGGAGCAGUGGGUUUGCCUCUGGGGCGGAGGACACGGGUGGGGUUGGGAGGGAAGAGCAGAGGUCAGGACGAGCUCUGUGUGGUGUGUGGAGAUAAAGCGUCAGGGUAUCACUACAACGCUCUUACUUGCGAGGGAUGCAAAGGUUUCUUUAGGCGUAGUGUGACUAAAAAGGCGGUGUAUCACUGUAAGAGUGGUGGUGGCUGUGAGAUGGACAUGUACAUGAGGAGGAAGUGCCAAGACUGCCGUCUCAGGAAGUGUCGUGCUGUGGGAAUGCUGGCUGAGUGCCUUCUGACGGAGGUGCAGUGCCAGUCCAAAAGACUCAGGAAAGGAGGUAAGGGCAGAGGACAGGAGGAAGAGGAGAACACAGACAGCAGGAGGGUCAGCUCUAGCAGCAGACUACCAGGACAGGCUUUGUCUGCCAGUUUAACCCAGGACCAGAAGUAUAUUGUUGACAGGAUGGUGGAGGCCCAUCGACUGUACAGAGCACAGGACAGCAGUCACAGCAGGUUGUUUGAGUGGCCGUGUACAGAAGAAGGCGAGGGCUUGUCUGAUGUUGUAUCGCCCCAGCUGCAAAGGCUGCUACAGUUUGCCAGGACAGUACCAGGUUUUGACCUCCUGGAUUUUUCAGACCAGAGCUCACUCUUGUCUGUGUCUUCACUGGAGGUCAUGUUCCUGCUCUCAGCUCAGCACUUCUCCCAAAACCCAACAAGCCCGAGUCCAGCCCUGCAGCUCUACAGCAUGUCGACACACAACUGUCUGAGAAACGUAGAGUCAAAGGAAAACAUGCACAGCAGGACGUUGGACAACUCAGGAAGCAGUGACGAUCUCUUCGGGCCGGUGCUUAACUUCUUCCAUAGUAUGGCAACGCUGCGGGUGACGGAGGCUGAAUACACCCUGCUCACUGCUACAGCUCUGCUCUGCUCAGACCGUGCGUCCCUGCAGGCAGCCAGCUGUGUUGAGAAAAUGCAGGAACUGAUUCUGGACCUGCUGUCCAGGGUGUGUGGGGCCCAGGCUGGAGCUGCGAGAGGGGGACCACAGCGGUUUGGCCGGCUGCUGGGCCGACUGACGGAGCUACGGACCCUCCGUCACAACUACCUCCUCCUGACGAGACAGCAGUCUGGACUCUGACGGACAGGACGUAAUUGGAAAUGGUGGAAAAACAAAAAAAUCACUAUCAUCUCUGGGGAAGUUUAUGUUUGAAUUUAAGGACUAAAUGGUCCUGUAUGAGCUGAGAAAUUGUACAAAAUAUUUUGGAAAGUUUUCACCUGAUUCUUUGGUCUGUUGUGUGUUUAGUUAAAUUUUCGCUUCCAUUGGGACUGAAAUGUGUUUGUGGACUGCUGUAGUUUGUUCGGACAAAGGAUAUUUUAUAGUUCUUUUUAUAACUGUUGUAUACGGCUAACAUGUACACCUAACAGUACUUUUCAUUAUGCUGAGUAUUGUAAAAAUAAAACAAAAAUGAAAAGUUAUCAGUGGAAAUGAGAAUUUUCUGGCUGAAAUCAGGGAUAACAAGUGAUUAUUAUGAUGAAAUCAUGCAGGAGAACUGAACUUUGGUUUUCAAAAGAAAAAACACAAAACCGCAGUUAAGAAUCCCAAAAGGUUUUUAAUAGAGCAUUUAUUUCCCAAAAUGAGGAAAUACUGGUUGAGACAAAAUAUUUGGUGAGCAGGUAAAAUACGCAGGUAAUACAAGCUUAUAAAAGGUGUAUUUUUCCAUUUGAUAAAAUGGGGCUCUCGACAAUAAAUAGACUCUUCUGGGGGGGUCAACAAUGAACGAUGGCGGUUGGUUCUAGAGUAAAAUCGUCGACGUCAAACCAAACGUGAACUCAUCUGUUAAAAUGUUGGCUGCAUGUUUUUUUUUU